AUGGGUGUGAUGGCCGUCCAUCUAUUCAUCACGAUUCUCCUCCUUUUCCAUCAAAUUUCAUCGUCCAUUCAACAAAGCGAGCAAUUGGAUCAAUUCACAUCUCCGAAUGAUCGAGAUGAGAUUCUGUCUCGUGAUCGUCGUACUUUGAAAAGAACUCAGAAUACGGAAGCAAGAGACGGAAAAGCCAAGAUUGGAGAGCUCGAAAGGAAAAUCAACGCGUCGCAGACCGAAAACUCUGACUUCGAAACCCAAAUAGAUCGAACGAUGACUUUUUUGGAUCUGUAUCGGGAUGGAUGGUCGUAUUUGGCAAAAACCGCUUCGUGGUACAAGGUGAUAGAACAAGGAAUGUCAUUCGAUAAAGCCGAGGCACACUGUGCGAGUCGAAGGAGCCAUCUAGUCUCCAUUCACAGUCAGGAAGAGCACGAUUUUGUUUGGACUCUCGCGGGAACUGUUGAUUCGAGUCGGUCGUACCAGAUCGGAAUGAAGAGAGAUCCGAACGAAGGAAAUACUUUUGAAUGGACGGAUGGAAGUUCGGUGGAUUUCACGAAUUGGGCGGUUGGAGAGCCGGAUUCGAACACCCACGCUUAUGUGAGAUUUUCAGCG